GUCCGACCCCGGAAGGGCUCGCGGGGCGAUGGCGGCGGCUCGGUUGCUGGGGCAGUUGCUGCGCGCCUCGGGCGCGGGGCCGGCCCCGGCCCGCGCGGUCUGGAGGAGCGUCCUCGUGGUCCCCUCGCGCGCAGGGCUGGCCUGGAGGCCGAGCAGGUGCGGCAGCUCCGCAGCAGAGGCGCCUGCCACCAAAGCAGAGGACGACUCCUUCCUCCAGUGGCUCCUGCUGCUCAUUCCUGUGACUGCCUUUGGCCUGGGGACAUGGCAGGUCCAGCGUCGCAAGUGGAAGCUGAAGCUGAUCUCAGAGCUGGAGUCUAGAAUCCUGGCUGAGCCUGUCCCGCUGCCCGCAGACCCAUUGGAGCUGAAGAACCUGGAGUACCGGCCGGUGAAGGUCAGGGGGCACUUUGACCACUCCAAGGAGCUGUACAUGAUGCCACGGACCAUGGUGGACCCGGAGCGGGAGGCCCGGGAGGCUGGCCGGCUCUCGUCCUCGGCCCAGAGCGGUGCCUACGUCAUCACCCCCUUCCACUGCACCGACCUGGGGCUGAGCAUCCUGGUGAACAGAGGGUUUGUCCCCAGGAAGAAACUGAAUCCCGACACUCGGAAGAAAGGCCAGAUUGAGGGAGAAGUGGACCUGGUUGGGAUGGUGAGGCUGACAGAAAGCAGGAAGCCUUUUGUUCCGGAGAACAACCCAGAAAGGAACCACUGGUACUACAGGGACCUGGAGGCCAUGGCCAAGCUCACAGGCACAGAGCCCAUUUUCAUCGAUGCAGACUUCAAGAGCACAGUCCCCGGAGGACCCAUCGGAGGGCAGACCAGAGUGACCCUGCGGAACGAGCACCUGCAGUACAUCAUCACCUGGUACGGACUCUGUGCGGCCACGUCAUACCUGUGGGUUAAGAAGUUCCUACGCCGCACUCCUGGCACGUGACAAGAUUACUGAUGUAGCCUGUCCUGGGAGUCACUGAAUAAAUAUUUCAACAGACUGGG